AUGUUCUUGCUCAAGAAUGGGACUGUAAUCAUCCACGACUCUCAUGAUGCGGCAACAGGGGUCAAGGCGGACGUUCGGGUCCAAGGGGACAAGAUUACUGAGAUCGCCGACCACCUCACACCCAAAGAUGGUGAAGAGGUGAUUGAUUGCACCGACAAACUCGUGGCGCCUGGCUUCGUCGACACCCAUCGCCAUAUGUGGAAUACCGCCUUGAGAGGCCGGCAUGGAGACAAUCUGCUGACCGACUACCUCGUGCAAGGUCAGACUCCUUUCCAUCUCACCCGUCGACAGACCACUGAACACUGA